ACACGUCUUCGUCCCCGGGAAAGCAAUGAUCCAAAUCAUGUCAAGGAGCUAUACUCCUAAGCCCACGUUAGCCCACACUCUUCUCGAAAGACAUAUCAAAUCAAUACACUCACUCUCUCUAUUAAUAUUCAAUUUCUGCAUAAUUUCUUCUGUCACUGCCCAAGACGUUCUGUAGCACUAAGGGGUGCUGGAGAUGGAGAAGAGUGAGAAUUGCACGGCCGGGAACGUGAAGAAGAAGAAGGGCAAGAGCAAGAACAUGAAGAAGGGGUUCAGCGACGAGCAGAUCAGGCUGCUGGAGACCAUGUUCGAGUCCGAGGCAAAGCCAGACCCCAGGAGGAAGAUGGAGCUCGCGAGGGAGCUGGGGUUGGAGCCGCGGCAGGUGGCGAUAUGGUUCCAGAACAGGAGGGCUCGGUGGAAGUCGAAGCAGGUCGAGCAAGAGUACAGGGUGCUGAGAGCCAGUUACGAGAAGCUGUUGGCCGAGUUCGAGUGUUUGAAGACAGAAAAACAGGAUUUGGAGAACGAGUUGCAGAAGCUGAGUGGCAUGUUAGACAAAAACCAUGGUGGGGGCAGGAUCUGCAGAGAGGCUAGCAAUUUAGAGGAUGAAGAUACAGAUUGCAAGAACGAAGCCAACCCGUUUGGGCCACACGAAUCUUUCGAUCAGAGUUUGAUUGUCGCCUCACCCGACGACCAAUUAAACGAGACAGAGAAGUCGUCAGAAGAUGUGCGGGAAAGCCGGGACGAAGAAAAUUGUUCGGUGGCAUUGCCAGAGAAGUGGAGCAACUUUGGUCCGAGCGACAUUUUAGACUAUUCUUGCAGCAAUGCGGCGCCGUGGUGGAACUUCUGGACCUGAGAAGGGGUGCUGCCUAGGCAAUCGAACUUUCGGAAUUCAGUGUAAACAUGAAUUUGACUUGCAUCGGGGUCUCAUCAGUAGCUAGAACAUUGUACAGAAUGGGGAUAGCCGGUGGUGUAAAUGGUCCUGCUCGAACAGCGACGAAGAGACCGCUCGGUGAUAGAGGUUUCACAGACGAGGAAAGAAAUGAAAUGAAUUUCAGUAAGAGCUCGAGACAUGGAAGUUCUUUUGUGAUGGUAGUACAGUGGACAUGUAAAGACAUGUUAGAGGUAUUUGAAUUAACGGUUUGUUCUUGC